GCAGGUGUAAUGGAGCGUUGGCAGAACAAAGUGGCUGUGGUCAGCGGAGCUAGUGCUGGUAUUGGAGCGGCGUGCACUCGGGCCUUGCUCUCCGCCGGCAUGGUGGUCAUCGGCUUGGCGAGGCGACAGGAACGCGUUGAGCAGCUUCGAGAAGGCCUAAGAGCCCAAGAACAGAACCGUCUGCACGCCAUUAGAUGCGACGUGAAGGACGAAGAGCAGGUGUCGGAGACCUUUGAGUGGAUCCGGCGGCACUUGGGUGGUGUGGACGCACUGGUCAGUAACGCCGGAAUUAUAGCCCCUGGUGAGCUGAGUGGCCGGGACGACAGCGCGGCCAUGCGGUCCACUGUCGAGACGAACAUCAUGGGUACCGUGAACUGUGUUCGGGAGGCAUUCAACUCUAUGAGAGAGCGCGGCACUGAGGGUCACGUGGUAAUCAUAAAUAGCGUGGCAGGACAACAGGUGCCGAACUUGGGCCCAAUGCUGCCUUCUCUUAACAUCUACCCGGCCAGCAAGUUCGCCCUUCGCGCCAUGAACGAAAUCUAUCGUCAAGAGUUCCAGCGCCACAAGACCCUUGUGAGGGUGUCGACCAUUAGCCCGGGAAUGGUUGAUACCGACAUAUUGCCCCAAGAGAUCCAGGGUGUUGUUAAGCAGCACAUGCCCAUGCUACGUAGUGCCGACGUGGCAGAUGCAGUUCUGUGGACCAUCGGCACUCCGAGCAAUGUUCAGGUGCAUAAUAUAACCAUUAAGCCGCAAGGAGAAAAGUUUUAG